UCCAUGUGCAACACAGCUUCCUUGGCCAGCGUCAUGCGCCGAUCUCACAUGCCUCGACCUGACUUUCCACAUUUCCACCCAGUCCAGCUUCUCAACUCAGCAUGUAACACUACUACCACAGGCGCGCUUACUGCGCACUUCCAACACCAUUCGAAAUGCCACCCAAGAACACGCUCCUCCUUAUCUUUAUACACGGCUUCAAAGGCACCGACCACACCUUCCACCGCUUCCCGCAAGACCUCCGUGCUCUCCUCUCGCACUCGUUGCCCGACAUCAAUGUCGUUGCAACCCAAUACCCGCAAUAUGAGACUCGAGGUGACCUGAAAGAAUGCGUCGCCAAAUUUAAAGAGUGGAUGCAGAACAAGGUCAUUGAUUUGGAAGUUGCAAACCAGACUCCGAGUCCGACUGUCGACCCCAGUGUACAUGUCAUACUAUGCGGGCACUCAAUGGGCGGCAUCGUGGCCGCCGAGGCAGCGUUGAGUGUCGCAAGCGAAGAGGUCGUGCCACAUUUUGCGGAGACGGGAAAUGGUAAUACGACUGCCAAUGCGACUGCCAAUGCAACCACAAGUGGUACAGGAGAUGAGAGUGCGAGAUCAACGCCUCCGCGCACGUCGGCACUGAUGUUCCCGCGUAUCAGAGCUGUGUUGACCUUCGACACUCCAUUCUUGGGCAUCAGUCCUGGAGUCCUAGCUCAUGGCGCGGAAGAGCAGAUCGGACACGCAAACAAGGCAUAUCAGGCGUACGACCAGGCCGCGAAUUUCUUCGGCUGGGGCAACAAAGGCAGCGCAGCAGCGACUCAACAACCCAUUGCCAAUGCGAGCAGUAGAGGCUUGCCACCUGCGGCAGGCAAUGCCACAGCCGGAAACGGCGGAGGCUUCAAGUGGGGCAAGUUGGCCAUGUACGCUGGUGCUGCGGCGGGCAUUGCAGGCGUUGCUGGAGCGGCAUACUUGAGCUGGAAUCAAAUCAAUCAAGGUCUGGCGUGGGCCGGCAGCCAUUUGGAGUUCGUGGGUUGCCUUGCACGAGGUGCGGAGUUACAAAAGAGAGUGGAGAAACUUGUCACUUUGACCAGCACGCAUGAUGUGGGAUUCGCGAACUUUUAUGGCGCAUUGGGCGAAGAGGCCGCGAAGAAGACCAAGUAUGCGGGACAACUUGGCUUGGGCGAAGACAGAACGUUUUGCAUCGUGCCGAAGAUGAAGAACCACAACGCGAACAGUCCAGUAGGGACGAAGAGAGUCGGACCGGACGAUGAUGAUGCAGCACAACAGCAGCCGGAGGCCAAAAGGAGAAAGCAACUCUCAGCGGAGUCUCCCUCGGAGUCAGAGAGGCUGGAGGCGGAAAGCGAGCAAGUGCGCCAAUUUGCUGACGAUCGGAGCAAGUCGAAAGGCUUGUGGGUCAAAUGCGUAAAUCCUAUCGCCGGUGAUGAGAUUACUUCGCAUCAAGGCAUGUUCGCGCCGGACAAGAAUCCGGAUUAUCACAACAUGUUGCCGAGGGCGCGAGAUCAGAUCUCCGAGUGGAUUGAUGGGGAAUGGUACCAGCGGUCGGGAAAGGAGAGCAAGAGCAAGGAGCGAGGCGAUGAGCGCGCAGACGAGGAGAAAGAUGCCGAAGAGGGUGCGCCGGAGGGGACUGAAGCUGCUGGAUGAGACGUUCUGAUACCGAUUUUGAAUGACAACCGGAUGCGGCCGACUUUGGAUCAAGGUCAAUUAUCUUUACACUGGUCUAUACACGCACCAACCGAGCGAGAGAAGCGGAUUCCCACGAUACUAUC